UUAUAUAUAUAUAUAUUUGGCGUAGAAACCGCUUAAGCGAUUAUAGCCGAAUCCACCAGGUCACUUUGCACUUGGUCUUUCCACCGGAGUGGAGGUCGUCCUCUUCCGCGGCUUCCUCCAGCGGGUACUGCAUCGAACACUUUCAGAGCUGGAGUGUUUUCAUCCAUUCGUACAACAUGACCUAGCCAGCGUAGCCGCUGUCUUUUUAUUCGCUGAACUAUGUCAAUGUCGUCGUAUAACUCGUACAGCUCAUCGUUCCAUCGUCUGCGGUAUUCGCCGUUACCACUGUUGAGAGGACCAUAAAUCUUACGCAAAACCUUGCGAAAACCCCAAGAGUCGUCUCAUCGGAUAUUGUCAUCAUCCACGCUUCGGCGCCAUACAUCAGGACGUCAAUAAUGAGCGACUUAUAGAGUUUGAUUUUUGUUCGUUGAGAGAGGACUUUACUGUUCAAUUGCCUACUCAGUCCAAAGUAACACCUGUUGGCACGAGUGAUUCUGCGUUGGAUUUCAAGGCUGACAUCGUUGGUGUUGUUACCGCUGGUUCCCAAGUAGACGAAACUAUCUACUACUUCAAAGGUAUGACUGUCAACAGUGACGUGGGAGCCAAGACGCGAGUGCGCUGACUGUUUGUUUGAUGACAGGAGAUAUUUCGUCUUGUCCUCAUUCACCACCAGACCCAUACGCUUCGCUUCUUUAUCUAGUCUGGAAAAAGCAGAACAAACGGCGCGGUUGUUGCUUCCGAUGAGAUUCUCUAUUUAGCUCUGCAGCUCGUAUUAUUUUUUCCAACAUCAAGCUAAAGAAGUCGCACGAUAGUGAGUCACCCUGUCUGAAACCUCGUUUGGUAUCGAACGGCUCGGAGAGGUCCUUCCCAAUCAUGACGGAGCUUUUGGUGUUACUCAACGUCAACUUACACAGCCUUGUUAAUUUUGCGGGGAAACCAAAUUCAGACUUCGCGGCAUAAAGGCAGAUCCUUUUCGUGCUAUUGAAGGCAGCUUUAAAAUCGAUGAAAAAAUGGUGAGUAUCGAUUCUUCUCUCUCGGGACUUUUCCAAGAUUUGGCGCAUGUCUGGUCCAUUGUCGAUUUUCCUGAUCUAAAGCCACACUGAUAAGGUCCAAUCAGUUUGUUGAUGGUGGGCUUAAGUCUUACACACAGUACGCUCGAUAGAACUUUAUACGCGAUGUUGAGGAGGCUUAUCCCUCGGUAAUUGGCGCAAAUUGUGGGGUCUCCCUUUUUGUGUAUUGGGCAGAGUACACUGAGAUUCCAAUCGUCGCCCUGGACAUCCGUUACCAGAUUACCUCCUUGGUCCCUACAUGAUAAUGCUCUGGUCUUGAAACCUUCGUUAAGUCGCUUCAUUUUUUCGUAAAAUUUUCGAGCAUUACCUCUGUCUGCCAGCUUCUCAAGCUCUUCGUACUCACACAUUUCGGCCUCUUUCUUUUUACGUCUGCAAAUGCGUCUCGCUUCCCUCUUCAGUUCUCGGUAUCUGUCCCACCCCGAACGUGUUGUGGUCUUUCGUAACGUUGCGAGGUAGGCAGUCUGUUUUCUCUCCACUGCAGAACGACAACUCUCAUCGUACCAACUGGUUUUUUGGCGUUCGUUCGUUUGGCAAGUCGAGUAGAAAAUCGCUCGACUGUCGGUUGUGAUUGCAGCUUUUCGACGUCGAACCUUCCUUGUGUUUGUUGACGGGCGUUCUUUGCUGCACAGAGGCGAGUGCGUAUCUUUGCUGCAACCAGAUAAUGGUCCGAGUCUAUAUUUGGUCCUCGGAGCGUACGCACGUCUAAAACACUGGAGACAUGUCCUCCGUCUAUCACAACGUGAUCGAUUUGAUUGCGCGUGUUUCGAUCAGGGGACAGCCAUGUUGCUUGAUGAAUUUUCUUGUGCUGGAAUCUACAGACAACCAUAUUUCGGGUCCCAGCGAAGUCGAUCAGCCUCAGGCCGUUUGGCGAUGUUUCGUCAUGUAGGCUGAAUUUUCCGACUGUUGUGCCAAAGACACCUUCUUUACCCACCCUGGCGUUAAAAUCGUCAAGCACGAUUUUGACAUCGUGGCGGGGGCAGCGCUUAUAGGUACGUUCUAGGCGCUCAUAGAAAGCAUCUUUGGUCACAUCGUCCUUCUCUUCCGUUGGGGCGUGGGCGCAAAUCAGCGAUAUGUUGAAGAACCUCGCUUUGAUGCGGAUUGUGGCAAGACGUUCAUCCACCGGAGUGGGCAGUACAUAGCCACAGUUGUAAAGGUGGAGCAAAAAGAAAAACAUUUCUUUAUGGUCUCAACCUACAUGGCACAUGAUGAGGACGUACCACCCGCAGCCCUCAGAAAAGUAACCAAAAACAACAAUAGAGAAGAUAUCCUAAUAGGGUGUGACGCCAACGCCAGGCACACCCUAUGAGGCAGCUCCUGUACAAAUACCAGAGAAGCAUCACAUUUGGAACAAAAAGAUGCUGAAAGUGAAGAUGACAAUGACUAUGAGGCCAAAGAGAACUAUGAAGGAUUAAACGGCACCACUCGGAACAUUACAUUACAAACAUUAAUGAGUGCAAAUGUUUUGCAACCGGGUAAAGCGGUAAUGACCAUAGACUAUUUGGGUCAAAAAUUUGUCGGAGAUUUGAUGCCGGACGGUAAAAUAAAGUCACAAGAAACUGAAACAGUAUUUCUUACUCCAAGUGCGUGGGCAGUGCAUUGCAAACGCUUUAUUAAUCCUGAGAAGAAGAGUGGAUGUGGAUGGGCAUCUGUGAAAUAUAAAGGGAAAAAGUUAGAUGUCUAUAAAAAUUCAUGGUUACGCAAAUGUGCGUUGCAGAAAGAUGUGAAUUUGGAUGAUUUAGAAUCAGAAGCUGAUAAGAAGUCGGAUUCUCUCUUGCCUAAUAUUAAACGAACUAUAUGUUCAUACAAUACAGUAAUGAAUCGAAAUUUACCACAUGAUGGCAAUAUGUUAAUAAAAGCAGUUUCGUUUAUAUCAAUGGGCAAAGUACAACCGUUUUUAGUUACAUUUAGUUCCUCGGCUUUGCUGCUGGCAGAUUUCCACUGUCAUUUAACUAUGUAUGAAGUUUGCGGCUAUUUUGGAGGUCACUGGGACAUAAACACGCACACUUUGACUAUAACAAAAGCAUAUCCUUGCCGAAAUAUUCAAACAGCAGCUAAAGAAGAAACUGAUAUAAAAAAUAUGAUAGUAUGUGAUCAACUAUUACUUGUUGGGUGGUAUCACUCCCAUCCGAAAUUUCAAGCGGAACCUUCAUUGCGAGAUUGCGAUUCCCAGUUGGAAUUUCAAAUUCGAAUGCGCGGGUCUUCAGAUGUUACGUACACUCCAUGUGUGUCAACAAUAAUUUCUCCAUACUAUGAUGAAAAUCCAAGCUUGGAAUCCAUAAUAAAAUCUAUUUGGGUUAUGCCGCCGAAUGAGACCAAACAAAUUUUGGAAUAUGGACGGCCGAUGUUAAUGCAAUGUUCUGUCCAAUUGGAUAAGGAAACACCAGCAUAUGUACAUUCUGAACUGCAAGCCUGUGCAGCCUACUAUGCAAGGUCACGCAAUGAACUGAUUAAAUUUAACAGUAUUUUUAAUGAAGGCGUUACUUUUUUAGAAAAGUUAAAACACACAUUAUAUUCAAAAUUUCCUGAAAAAGAGGAUAAAACAAUAUUUUGGAACUGGAUUUGUGAAAUUUUAGGUUGUGCUCAUGAAGACAAUUUUAUUCCUCCAAACACAAUGAAAGUUGUUGGCAAGGAGGGCUAUCAAGCAUUUUCUGUAGCAUAUAAUACUGAGUUAUCUCAAAAUGAAUUCAGAAAAGAUAUAUAUGAUUCCAAGUUUGUUGAACUAGAAAAAAAUGAUCUUGAUAGAAAGGGUGGUGAAAUAAAAGUUAUGUCACUGCAGGAGCAACUCUGUUUACCAUCUGGAUUAAACAUGAAUCCAGUUCGUACAUUUGCACCCUUGGCACCGUCAGGAUCUAGUAAUGUACCAUCGAUAACGACUAAAAAUACAAACAUUUUACCUUACCAAAUAUCUACAAGUUCUGCCGUUACAACUAUAAGUUCAGAAAUACUAUCGCCGUUGUCGACAAUUGGAACUCCUUUACCAACUGGGUCUUUUACGGAAAUAAAUUUGCAUGACAGUCCAAUCACGGUUCCCUCAUGCUCAGCAAGUCCAGUAAAAUCAGAAUUACCUAUAUUAGGGUCACCUUCACCAACGAAAUCUGAAACAUCACUUUAUUCUCAGCUUUCUAAUAGUGCAACGUUACACAGUUCCAGAAAUCAAAAUAUCUCAUCAAACUACGAGACCCAAAAUGCGCCGCAAACACAAUCUGCGGAAGUCCAAUCGGCAACGAAUGAUUUGGUCAACGCAAGCUUAGCAAAAUUAGCUGAUCAGCUAGCACCUAAUUUUAUACCAACUGAUCUGACUAAUAUUUUUCAACAGCAUAGUACAGAUAAGAGUAAUGGAUGUUCUAAUAUUGAUCAAAUCCUUUCAGAAAAGAGAGGAGAACUAAAAGAUAAUUCAUGUGAAACAACUGUAAGUGGUUACUCAAAAAACUUUAACGCAUCACGUUCGCUGGACGUUCAGAAUUUAGAAAUUGUAGGAAACUCUAAAACUAAAGCGGAGCCUUCGAGACUUUCUUCGCCUUCACUGUUCUCAUCUAAUAAUACAAGUUUAUACAAAACAAAGCUUAUGAAAGAAUUGGAUAAUAUAAAAAAUGAUCCCUUAAAAAUGAAUGAACUUAUACGCUCUCCGGAAUAUGCUGCCCUCCUGUUACAUCAGGCUGAAGCACUCGGUGCAACUACUCUCGGAACACUUGGUUUAGGGCCUGAUUUAAAUUUUUUAACAGGCAAUACCCUUGGAUCGAAGCCGAAUCAAACGCAAACUGCCGACUAUAAUAAUUUGGCACAAGUUUCGAAAUUUCUUGGAUAUGAAUCUUGCUUACAACUGGCAAAGGCAGAUGAUUUCAGUUCUUUUAUACAACAGCAAAUGGGCGCUGUUGCAGCUGCUGCAUUGGUAAAUGUAUCUCUUUCAUCAAAAAACCAAAAACAGUCAGAAUCUCCAGUUCAAACCGACUAUGGUUCACUUUUACAAACAUAUUCAAAACUUAUUGAAAAUGAAAAUAAUUUUCGUGGCGGCUCCGUUGGAGGAAAGAUUAAUAACCCACAUAAUGAAUUAUCUGCUUUGCUUUCAGCUGGAACCGAUACUGACAUGGCUUCAUUUGAUUCCAAACUCAAAUCCAAAGACAAUUCUUCACAAAUCCAACAAAAGCAAGGUGAAAAUCAAAAUCAGACUGAAAAUUCAUUUUUCUAUCACCAAAAUAAGGCUGCUUCUCACUUGAGUUCGCUAUUUGCAUCUUCUACACAAACACCUAACCUAUCGUCUUCUAAUAAACUAUGCAAUAAAACGAAUGCCACGAAUAUAUCUGCCAUUGCAGAGCCUUCCAGUUUCUUUAAUACCUUUUCUCAUGAGAAAAUGCAAGAGUAUGCUUUUUUUCAGCAGCAACAUCUUAAGCAAGACGCUAACUUUUUUCUUUCACCAGCUGCUAUGUUAAAAAUACAGAAAGAUUCUCUAUCUGCAAUGAUGAUGAAACCACCUAAAUCAACCUCAUCAUCUGCUCCGACAAUAUCUCGAUCACGUGAAUCUUCGACCUCUCCAGCGCUGGGCUCAAAAAGUUCUGUUAAUAGCGGGAAAUAUAAUUAUAGUGCAAUAGACUUGGCAGUCUCUAGUAUUCAGUCCAACACAUCUGCUCCAAUUCCGGUAGAAGCUAGUAAUAUGAUAUCACAACGAAGGCCUUCAAAUACACCACCUGUUGAUCUCAGCCGUCUUUAUAGCGAAGGUCAAUCUCCAUCCGUAAUUGGUUCUCUAAAAAAACGAAUGGAAUUCUCAUCCAUAGCAGAACUGGCUGCACCACCGCCGGCAAAAAUUUCAAAAGAGUUAAAUUAAAUGAAUGCAGUAUUUUAAAUACACUGAAAGAAAUAUUUUGAAUAUAUUGUAAUCGUAUAAUAACAUUGGAUGUUAAUGUCUUUGCUCUGUCUAAAAUUCGAUAUGCAUAUGGUAAAAAAUAAUAAAAUCAUUGUAAUGUUUUUAGAAAUAAUCUGAAAUAAAAUGUUUUAAUUAACAAGAACAAUAGCCACAAUCAA